CCGUCUCUCUUUCAGAAGUAGGUUAAAGCUGCGUCCUGAACUGAAGAUCAGAAUGAGGAUCGUCCUGUUUGCUCUGUUCUGUGUUUGGUUGUUUCCAGACAGUAACAAUGCUCAGGCCUGUCAGAGUCCAGAACUCAGUCAGGGCUUUCUGGUUCCUCAGCAAGACGUUUAUCAGCACGGCUCUAAAGUUUUCUACAGCUGUGAUUCCGGCCUGAAACCUGCUCUACAGACGUGGUGGGGGGAGUUAAUGUGUGAAAACGGGAAGUGGUCUCACACUGCUCAGUGUAUUGCUGUAAACGACUGUUUUGCACCAGAAGUACCGAACGCAAAACCAGUGCAGCCAUUACAGACCUCCUACUCCAGUAACAGCAGACUGAACUUCUCCUGUAAUAAAGGCUACCAGUUUGAAGAAGUCGAUGUUCACGAGGCGGUCUGUACAGACGGACAGUGGAAGCUGCCGAUGUGUAAACGGAAACUGACUGCAUGUGGUGUGCCUCCCAGUGUUGCUGAUGCAGUCAUCACACAACCAUCCCAGAAUAUGUUUGAUCACACUGAUAGAGUAGAAUACCGGUGUAAAAAUGGACAUGAGAUGGUCGGAGAGAAAUUCAGCUAUUGCAUGUUUGGAGUUUGGACUCCUGCACCUCAGUGUGGAGUUGCUGAAAGGCCAGCAGUUUCUCACGUCAGAGAGUGUGGACCUUACCCCACUAUUGAAAAUGGAGAUUUUAUCGAGGAGGCUGGUGGGAGAACCUUAAAAGCUCUGUGUGCUUCAUAUUACAAACUUGAAGGACCCGAACAAGUAAUGUGUGUAUCAGGACAGUGGUCGGAGCUGCCUGUUUGUAAAGCUCCAUGUUUACUGGAUCAGUCACAGUUACUUCGCAGUCAAAGAUCAUACUUGAUACACGGUGAAGAGGAUGAAUUUUGGUGCAAGUGGGGUGGAUGGGUGAAAGUCAAGUGUGUUGAUGGAAGAGCGCAGUAUGAAGGAUGUGGUUUAAAAUAAUGGUGAUCUGUAUGGAAGGCGUGGCUUAAUCUCCCGUCUACACCUGAAACCUGUAAACCUGCAGAGCGACUGAAUCAAAAUAUCAUCCUGUAUCUGGUCUUUACUCAUUAUAAACUUUUCUUCUUCUUCUUCUUCACAAUAAAGACAUUUCUUAAAUUCA